AUGGCCGAAAACCAGACUCCCGAGGUUGAUUACACCUUGAACAACCCCGAUACCCUCACCAAGUACAAGACCGCCGCCGGGAUCUCGCAUAAGGUCCUUGAAGCCGUCUCAGCGCUCUGUGUUGAGGGAGCCAAGAUUGUUGAAAUUUGCCAACAGGGUGACAAGCUCCUCGAUGAAGAGCUUGCCAAGGUCUACAAGGGCAAGAAGAUCACAAAGGGUAUCGGUCACCCAACGACCGUUUCCCCUAGCUCCUAUGUGACCCCGUAUACCCCCUUGGUAUCGGACGCGCAGGAGGCCGAGACCACCUUGAAAGCCGGCGAGAUCGCCAAGAUUCAACUCGGUGCCCAGAUUGAUGGAUUCGGUACCAUUGUUUGCGACAUGGUCGUUGUCGGCGCUUCCGAGGUUACCGGCCGCGAGGCGGACCUCAUCCAUGCGACUCACUACGCCAAUGAGCUGCUUCUUAGACUGAUGGUUCCCCCCGGUCUCCUCGCCACUGGAACUGAGGAGGAGAAGAAGAAGGCCACGUCCGAGAAGGCUCCCACCCAAGCUCGCAUCACCCAGCUGAUUGAGAAGAUCGCCAAGACAUAUGACUGCAACGUCGUCGAGAACACUACCAGCUGGCUUUUCGAGCGCAACGAGAUCGAAGCGGAGAAGAAGAUUAUCAUUGCUCCCGGGUCCGGCGUCAAGGGCGAGGGGGUUCCCGAUGUUGGUGAGGUCUGGGGUGUUGAGCUUGGUCUCUCCCUUGGAUCCGGAAAAGUCAAGAACCUUCCCCACCGUGCCACUCUCCACCGCCGUACCACGACAACAUACCAGCUCAAGAGACCCAGCUCUCGCCAAAUUCUGUCGGAGGUUGUCAAGAAGUUCGGCCACUUCCCCUUCAGCUUGCGACAACUGGAUGACGAGAAGGCCGCCAAGGUCGGUGUCCUGGAGUGUGUUCGCGGAGGUGUCUUGAGGCAGUACGAGCCAGCUGGCGAUGCCGACAACGCCCCGGUUUCCCGCCUGCUGACGACCAUCGCUAUUACCAAGAAUGGUAUCACCAAGCUAGCAGCUCCUGCCACCCCAGACUUCACCAAGAUCAAGUCAGACAAGAAGAUCGAGGAUGAGGAGAUUCUCAAGAUCUUGGAACAGCCCCUGUCCAAGUCCUCUGGGUCGAAGAAGAACAAGAACAACAAGAAGAAGGCCAAGAAGGCUGAUGAGCCCGCUGACCAGGAGUAA